AUGACUAUUACACUGGUGAUAGAUAUACAUAACAAAUGUACCCGAGUAAAAUGUAAGUGUAAAGGAGGUGCAGGGAGUAAAAUCUCUGUAAAAGCGGGAACUGUAUCAGAUACAGACUUCAGAUAUUGUAAACACCACUCCAGAAUCUUUGUUAUUCAAAAUCUAAAUUAUGAUGGAAAGGACCUCACUACUACAGAUGAGGGUGGACCUGAACUUACCAGACAACACACUGGGAUAAAAGAUAUACACACAUACUACAGUGCUAAAUAUGACGAGGGUAAAGACUAUAUAGACAAACCUCUUCUACUUAGAAUAAAGGACGAUAAGGGGGAACAUUGGUAUUAUAAUUCAGAUGCCGAUAAUAAAGAUGAAGAUGAUGGAGAACGCAAAGGAAAACCAAACACUAGAUGGAAGAAGAUAGAUGGUGGAGAGAGAGACUUUUACGAUAAAUAUGAUAAUCCAACUCCAACAUUUAGAGAGAGGUUCAAUGAUCUCACUUGCAAACUCUUCAAUCUUCAUUCUGUCAACAUUUAUGAGGACAGGAGCUAUUCUUGUCCAUGUGGAAGUAUCAAUGUGAAUGUUGUUGAAAAUGAAGGUAGUGGUAUUCCUGGACAUACCAAAUACAAACAUGAAUACGGUACAGGUGUAAAUUUUGCUAGGUACAAAGAUACAGCUCUCAAGUUUAAAUAUGAAGGCAACUAUGGAGAAUUUUCACUUGACAAAGACACUCCUCACCUCACAGUAUAUUACAGUGAAGAAGACAAGGAGCGUGAGAGACCCCUACUCAUGGACGUUUAUGCCUUUGGUAAUACACCAAUUUCUCUUUUUAAUAUUGGAAAAACUGACAACAGUGAGUGGAGUGUGAUCUUUGGUGAAGAUAGUUUGCCAACCCUUUCUGGUCAUGAACUUGAGAAAAAACUUAAAGAGCUCACCUGUAAAUUUUUCAAAUCAGCAGACAUAAAUGACUACUGUAAAAAGGAAUGGUGUAGGAAUGAUCUAGGACUUCAAUGCCGAAAUGGAAAUGAAGAGGAGGAACCAGAACAACCAGAACGAAAAGAACCAUUACGUUCUGAAAGUCCUGAUGUAGGACUAGACCAAACUGGAGCUGGCGAAAAAGAUGAAUCUAGUGAUAAGGAAGAAGAUUCACUUACACAAGGUGCUCCUGGUCUCCCUGGUGGUCCAAGCGGAUCUGAAGGGCUAUUUAGUAAAGAGUUAUGGGAUACAGUUGGAGCAGCAGCUGGAACUGUUCUUACAGCUUCUGGUUCUGUAGUAGGUAAAUCCAUUGUAGCUGGUGCACUUGGUACGGUUGGAUUAGGUGCAGCUCUUGAACUGGCUAAAACUGUUCUUAAUACUUCUGUUAAUGCUGCCGCUCCUAAAGCUCCUCAAGUUGAUUCUACUAAUUCUGGAACUACUAAUGCUUCUGAUGCUUCUCAACCUCAAAAUCAAGGUACUUCUAGUCUAUCUACUAUUGAAGGGCCUACUACAGGACAACAACUACAUAAUGUUGAAAACCCUACUGAAGAACAUUCUGAAGUAAAGCCUGAAGUAGUAAUAGUACCUAAAAACAAAGUCGAGAAUGAGAGUGAACAUGCUACUGAGCGAGAGAACGAAGGUAGAAGUCCUCAACCUAAAGAUGAUAAAAAUAGUGAAAAUAGUGUUCCUGGACCUAAAAAACCUCAAGAACCUGAAACUAAGGAUGAUGGCGUAGAAGUUGCUGGAGAAACUCCUGGUCAAGACGGUAGUCGACCCGUUAGUGGUAAAAGUGGAGGACCAGAUAAGUUAUCUGGAUUAGGAGAGGAAUCUUUGAACAACAUUUACACAGGAUUUCCUAGUUCGCGUUCUACUACUUAUGGUGGAUAUGUUGUCUAUGAGAAUUAUGAUAGAGAAAAAUACGGAGGUAUUUCUCCUGUUAUUGUAGAUAUACCCAUCACUACCACUACUCCUCUUAUUUUUACUUCUCAAACCCAGUCUCUUCUUACCGCUGAACCUACUGCUUUUACUCCUCUUACUCUUUAUGUUAAUCCCCCUCUUCAUAACUCUACUGCUCCUAAAGAUUCUCAACAAGGUGGACCUCAAGGUACUCUACCUGAAGAUCAAAAUCAAGAUGGUCCUAGUAAACCUGAACAAGCUGCUGAUAAUUCUCAAGGUGUAGAUACUCUUCCUGGAGGCGGACAAGAUAUUGGUGGACAGGUCAGAAUUGGUAAUACUAAUCUUCAGCCUAGUGAUAAAGAUGUUAAAAUCCAAAACAUUUAUGGUGAAAACGGACUAGCUACUUUCAAUGACAAUGGAACAAUAUUUGCUGUUCUAGGUGCUCCUGCUGGUUAUGGAGACGGUGAUCCAAACGAAUCUGGAGGUACUAAUUCUGAAGGACCUGUUGUUCCUACUCCUAAAGCUGCUGAACCUAGUCAACCUGCUGGUAGAACUGUUGGUGAUCCUCAACCUACUACUCCUACUGAAGGACCUACUCCUCAACAACCUAAAGAACAGUAUCAAGCACUAUCCACAGACUCAGACCCUCAUGGUUCUGGAAUUUGUGGAACUCCUGUUACUGCUUCUCAAGAACUUCAAGCUCCUUCUAGUGCUACUGGACCUACAGCUGGUGGAGAGUUGCCUCCUGGAUCUGCUAGUACAGAUGGUGAUAGUGGAUCUGACCAAGGUACUACUCAAGAAACUCCUCCUCCUGACUCUACUUCUCUUACUCAACAACUUGGCUCAUCUGAUCUAAAUCAUAAUACUGAAGCUCAAGCUUAUCAUGGAGCCUCAGACUCUAUUUCUGGAACUUCUGGUCCUGCCUCUUCUUCAGUCUCUUCUAAGAAUCCUACUGACAUAAAGACCAUCUCUAUUAUCACCUCAUCCGUUCUUGCCGCUUCAGGUUCUCUUACUGGAUUUGGCUGGUGGAUGUUUAAACGUUCUAAAGGAGACCCUUGGGUACGACAAAUAUGA